GAGUUGUGUCCAUGUUGCCGUGUCGAGAGGAAGAAUAUCUAAAAGCACAAAGUAACAGGCUAAAAUCGUAUUGUUCAGUUUCACAAACGAAAGACGGGACUUACAGUAAUAUUAACGUUUUUAAGUCAUCUUGAGCAUGGUGAAGCUGAGGGCAAGGUGUCUGCUUGUCGGGGAUGCUGCGGUGGGGAAAAGUUCCCUCUCCCAUGUCUUCUACAGUGAUGGAAGUCUCUUCAGGAAGAACUACAGCAUGACGGCAGGAGUGGAGCUGCUGACAAAGUGUGUCAACAUCCCAGAGACCAGUGACAGUGUGGAGCUCUAUAUCAUCGACUCUGCAGGGAAGGAAAAACUUGUGGAGGCCUCUGAAAAGAUGUGGGGGGAACCUUCUUUGCUUUGCCUGGUUUUUGACGUGACCAGUGAGCAGUCUUUUGCCAACUGCAGCAGAUGGAUGGAGAGAGUCCGCACACACUGCCAGGUUCUCCAGAUUCCAGGAGUCCUGGUGGGCAACAAGUCAGAUCUCUCUGGUAGAAGGGAAGUGCAGGCGUCUGUAGCUAACGAAUGGGCCCAGAGCCAAGGACUGGAGUACUAUGAGACAUCAGCUAAGGAGAUGGACAACUGUGACGCGCCGUUCCUGUGUUUAGCCCGGGCCUUCCACUCUCUCUACCAAGAGCAGCUUGAAACCAUCCAAAACCUCGGUCCAGGAUAGACCUGCUCCUCGUCACAUACUAAUAGUGACAAUGGGCUCUCCAUAGAAUUUAAUAGGCUGAUGAUGGUUGAAGUUAAAGAACACGUUGCUCAAAAUGUUAUUUAAA